AUGUACGAAGAUGAAGCAAGUUACUCAAGUAGAACGCACGAGGCGCAGCGACGUCGACCUUCAAGCAUCAGAAAAUUGCACACGUAUCUCGUAACUUCACUGGCGAUGGAGCAAGCCAGACAGCCACCUUCUUACGUCCCCCCCCUCGAACUCCGCCAGCUUGUCUAUGCGUAUAUUCUGCCUGCACCACAAAUCCACCUUCGCCUAGAGGAUCAUGUCCUUUGCAUUGCGAACUGCCAGCAACCAGACCGCGAUGGACGGAGCGCCAGUUCUCCAUGCCAAGAGCUCACGCUCGUCGCUCUUGACGGAUAUGAGCGUGGAACAUGUCCGAGUGGGUUUGCGAAGCGUAUGUACGAUGAAGUCUCGAAAUUCCGGUGGCGCAACGUUGCGCUCGCCAUCACGGAUCUGAGCGUGUUGGAAAAGCUGGGAUCGAUGGAGAAAGACGGACUGCCGGGCGUGUUAAGGCAGGGAUUUAGGGAGGUAAAUCUGACGUUGAGGAUGCCACUUGCUUCCUUCCAAACGUUUAAAAAGCCGGAAGACGACACAGAGCAAGUACGCAUCUGGACCGGAAUCUCUUCGACACUGGCGAAAGCCCCGCAGUUGAAAGGUUUGAGCAUCUGGUUCGAUCAUGCGGAUGCGCAAAUAUGGUCUGUCGUUGACGAACGCGCACUCCUCACUCCUCUACUUGCAUAUCUCAGCAACACGGUGAUUAAGAGUACGUUGUUCCUCCCGAUGCUGCAUCCCGUCUACGAAUUACCUGAGCGCCACUUGCUCAAUCCUACUAUCGGCAACGCGCGGGUAACCAGGAAACUCCGCCAGCGAUGGCGCGGAGUGGUGAAUUGUCGAGGAGAGACGGAUGUGGUUUACAGACCGGACUAUCCGUAUAGUGUCGAUGCGUUCGAUGGGUAUAUGACGCCGGGUGAAGCGGAGGUUUGGGAGCGCGGGGCGUGGAAGGAUGGUAUUGAUGUUGAGGCUGUGGCGAAGGAGAUUAGGGGGUUUGGAAAUGUGCAAUACGCGAUUUGA